UUCCUGCGUUCAAAAUGGCAUCCUUGCUUGGAGAGCAACUAUUUCAAAUUAGUGGUCAGGGUCCACCACCUUCAAAAGACUUUUUCCAACUUGUGAUUACCAAAAAUGAGAUAAUAUGGACAUCGUGGAAGAUUUCUUUGCGACCUGGAAGUAGAGGCAUUGCACCCAGGCAGCUAAAGUCAACUCAUCACAAUUUCCUCCAUGAUAAAAUGUUACUACAUGAAGUGACCACUGUUUUUGGCCAGAGGAUCCUUGAAUACACAAAAUCACUUUGUGAAGGAAGGUUUGAUUAUCUGGAGCGCCUACCUGAUGAUUUAUUACUCAGAAUCGUGUCCUAUCUACAGCUGAAAGACACCACAGUGCUGGCACAGGUUUCACAAAGAUUUAGUAAGUUCUGCAACUCUGAGAAGUUUUGGGAGCAAACUGUGAGGAAUCGCUGUGCUGAGUUUACUAGUAACAUGGAGGGCAUAGCCACUGCCAUGGGUUGGAGGAGGACCUUUUUCACCUUCUUCCACAAGAGUAACAAUAAAGACCAGCAGUAAAAGUUUAA